AUGCACAGAGCGUGGAUACUCUUCUUUCUAAUAGAAGAGGGAUUCACUCUGGCACAGAGAACUAAAGAUUCCCCAAGCAAUCAUGGCGGCCAGAGCCCCAACCAGAACGACUGUGGCACGUGGGUCCGCAACAUCAAUGGCGGGGUGUUUACUUCGCCAAACUUCCCCAACACCUACCCGCCCAACAAGGAGUGUGUUUAUAUCCUGGAAGCUCUUCCUAGACAAAGGAUUCAGCUAGCUUUUGAUAAGAAUUACUACAUCGAGCCAUCAUUUGAGUGCCGCUUCGAUCACAUCGAAAUCCGCGAUGGGCCGUUUGGGUUCUCGCCGUUCAUUGAGCGCUUCUGUGGGGGAAAGAACCCGGGCCUGGUUACAUCGACGGGACGUUUCAUGUGGAUCAAGUUCACCAGCGACGAGGAGCUAGAAGGCCUGGGCUUCCGCAUUAAGUACACUUUCAUUGCAGACCCUGAUUUCCAUCUGCACGUGGGCGGACUGCUAAACCCCAUCCCAGACUGUCAGUUUGAAAUCGGUGGAUGGGACGGAAUUAUUCGCUCCAGUCAGGUGGAGGAGGAAGAGAGAGUGAAGCCUGGUGAUGCUCUAGACUGUAUCUGGACCAUCAGGGCUCCUCCUCAGUCCAAGAUCUACCUGCGCUUCAUGGAGUACCAGAUGGAACACUCUAAUGAGUGCAAGAAGAACUUUGUGGCUGUGUACGAUGGCAGCAGUGCCAUUGAGAACCUCAAGGCCAAGUUCUGUAGCACCGUGGCCAAUGAUGUUAUGCUGGAGAACGGCGUGGGAGUCGUGCGAAUGUGGGCUGAUGAGAAGAGCCGCCUCAGCCGAUUCCGCAUGCUCUUCACCUCAUUUGUUGAUCCCCCCUGUACAGCCAAUUCGUUCUUCUGCCACAGCAACAUGUGCAUAAACAACUCCCUGGUGUGCAAUGGAGUUCAGAACUGUGUCUACCCAUGGGAUGAAAACCACUGCAAAGAGAAGCGAUCUAAGGGGCUUUUUCAUCAGAUCACAAAGACCCACGGCACCGUCAUUGGUGUCUCAUCAGGCAUAGUUCUGGUUCUUCUCGUCAUCUCUAUCCUGGUCCAGAUGAAGCAGCCGAGGAAAAAGGUUGUAGCUCGCCGGCCCAGUGUUUUCAACAAGGCGGGCUUCCAGGAAGCCUUCGACCCGCCCCAAUACGAGCUCUUCUCUCUACGUGACAAGGAGAUAUCGUCAGAUUUAGCUGACCUGUCUGAGGAGCUGGACAGCUUCCAAAAGCUGCGACGCUCCUCCACCAUGUCCCGCUGUGUCCACGAGCACCACUGCGGCUCACAGGCCUCGGUGGCUACAGGCGGCGGCAGUAUGAAGCACAGCCGCACCACCCUGAGCUCCAUGGAGCUGUCCUACCACAACGACUUCUCCAAGCCACCACCCAUGAAGACUUUCAACUCCACCGCCAGCUACAAGAAGAGCUGCUACGGCUACAAGCAGCACUCACAGACUCACGACUGCGACCAGCAGGUCAUCGAGGACCGCGUCACAGAGGAGCUCCCAUGUGAAAUCUAUGGCCGUGGUGGAGGAGGAGUGGGAGGAGGAGCCAUGGGUGGAGCAAUGGGAGGAGGAGCAUCAGGGAUUUCAGGAGGAGGGAUUGGAGGAACGGUGGGGAUAACAGGAGGAGUGGCGAUGACGGGAGGAAUGGGUAUGGUGGGAGGAGUGGGCAUGGCGGGGCCUAGUGGCAUCACUGGAGGUAUCGGCGGUGGGAUGGCAGGAGCCUGCGGAACCCUCAGUGUCCGUGGCAACAGCGCUCGUAACAGUACCACCAUGGUUGACCCAAGUCAGCGCUCCAUGUCCAUGGACUUCUAG